GAAAUGUCAUGGAAAUAGAUUUCUAUGCUUGCUAUAAAAAAAUGUCAAUGUCAGUGUCACUAAAUGUCAAUAAACGUCAAACAACGAUGUCGGCGAUGUUGAGUCGGCUACGUGUUUGUUUUCCUCUCGCAUAAUAUUAAAAUGUGGUGGGAGUUGGUAUCGGCGAGGUGUGCGGAUCAUGCAUCAGUUACCACUUUCUAAUCGCGCCGUUCGCACCUGAUAUCGUGAUAAUAUGUCUUUCGAAAAACUUCAAGAAUCUCUUAAGGCCCAUGGUCAGGAACAUCUUAUCAGAUUCUGGCCGGAACUAAGUGAUAAUGAGCGGGCACAACUAUCCAAUGAGAUCCUGAAGUUAAACUUGACUGAAAUCAACGAAAUCUUCCGUCGAGCGAAUGAAACAACAAAAAUAAUUCAAGAAAAAUUAGAUGAUGACUUGAAACCGAUACCACAAACUCAUUACGAGUCUGUUCCGAAUUUAACUAGUGAAAAAGUGAUAGAAUAUGAAAACAUCGGCUUAAAGGAGAUUUCCGAAGGCAGAGUUGGCGUUCUACUGUUAGCUGGAGGUCAAGCAACCCGAUUGGGCUUUGGACAUCCUAAAGGUAUGUACGAUGUGGGAUUGCCGUCAAAGAAAACUCUAUUCCAAAUUCAAGCUGAAAGAAUAGUGAGGAUUCAGGAGAUGGCUGCUCAGAAAUAUGGUAAACAAGGCAAAAUAACAUGGUACAUUAUGACUUCAGAACAUACAAUGGCUCCGACAAAAGAGUUCUUCAAAAAUCAUGAUUACUUCGGACUGUGUGAAGAGGAUAUUGUCUACUUCGAGCAAGGUAGGCUUCCAUGCUUUGAUUUUGACGGAAAAAUUAUUUUGGAUGAGAAAUAUCACUUAUCUUCUGCGCCUGAUGGAAAUGGUGGAUUGUAUCGUGCUUUGAAAACACAGGGUGUCCUCAAUGACAUUGACAGAAGAAAUGUAAAACAUUUACAUGCUCAUUCUGUAGACAAUAUACUCAUUAAGGUAGCUGAUCCUGUUUUUAUUGGCUACUGUAAAAGUAAGAAUGCUGACUGUGCAGCAAAAGUGGUUCAAAAGUCAGCCCCUAGUGAAGCUGUCGGUGUAGUUUGUCGUGUGAACGGUCACUAUAAGGUAGUUGAAUACUCGGAAAUGACUGAAGAGGCAACAAACCGUAGAAACACGGACGGCCGUCUCACAUUCUCAGCAGGUAAUAUUUGCAAUCAUUACUUCUCUUCUGAAUUCCUUUCUAAAAUCUGUGAUUUUGAGUCAAAACUUAAAUUGCAUGUUGCAAAGAAAAAGAUACCUUACGUAAAUGAGAAUGGAGUCCGUCAAAAGCCAACAGAGCCUAACGGUAUUAAAAUGGAAAAAUUCAUUUUUGAUGUGUUUGAGUUUGCUGACAAUUUCAUAUGUUUGGAAGUAGCUAGGGAUGUAGAGUUCUCUGCAUUGAAGAAUGCAGAUUCUGCAAAAAAAGACUGUCCGUCAACUGCCAGGGAAGAUUUAUUACGGCUACACAGAAAAUACAUCCGUGAAGCUGGUGGAGAGAUCGCAGAUAACAUUGACGUUGAAAUAUCACCAUUGUUGUCGUACGGUGGUGAAAACUUGGAGGAUCUCGUUAAAGGAGAGGUUUUCGCCAUCACUCCAUUCCAUUUACACAGCAUUAGAGAAUCUGCGACUAACGGUGUCAAUGGUAAACAUUGAACAUUAUUUACAAAUAAGUUUCUCUACAUUUGUGAUAUUUACUAUGCAUGAUAGAUAUAUUACUUUCCAUAAAUUUUAUUUGUACAUAAAUAUAGUUAUUACUUAUUUCCUUGUAUAAAAUUUAAUGACUCCUAACAAAGUUACAUUUUUAUAGUAUAAAUUGAAAAAUAAUUGCAUCAUUAUGAGCCAUUUAUGUUAAUUACUUUUGCAACAGAAAUAACUUGAAUCCUCUUUAUUAGAUUAUUUUUAAAUUAAUGCCAAUUAUUUAUAAGGAGUUCCCAAAAUUGCAUAAGUAUAAUAAAAUAAAAAUAUUAAAUAACUAUAAAUUAUAAGCAUCACAAUCCACAAAGCAAUAAAUUAUUUACUAAAUUUGUUUAAUGGCUAGUUUACACAUAAUUAAAUAGUAAAUAGACUUUUAACUUUAUUUUAAGUGCAAGUACAAAAUCUUGAUUGAGUAUUAUCAAUAAGUUAAGUUUUUACGGUUCACAAAACAAAAAGUCCUAGUUUUAUCAAACUCCAAUCAACUGAUCAUUAAAAAACUAAACUAAAG